AUGUCGGAUGGAGAUUGGAUAAACGAUCCCAACUUUGUUGGCGGCAACUCCAGCGAUGACUUUUUAAAUUCGAUAUUCGACCAAAGCCAAGGUCAACUGCAAAACGAACCUCAGCCACAACCUCAGCAACAAGUUCAGCCUCCUCAAGGACUGUUUGUUCAACAGCAGCAACAGCAACAGCAGCAACAGCAGCAACAGCAACCGCUUUAUGGUACUCCGCCGGUUAUGUCUAAUCAACAAACUCAACCGAGUCAGCAGCACCAACAGAUGCCCCCGCAACAGAUUUCAGAUCCUCAAGAUUACAGCGCAAUGUUGAAUAUGAGGCAACAGCAAAUGGCCCUGCAAUCCAACGCAAGUAAGCAGGAAAUGUUGUUGAAGAUGAAGCAGCAGAUCUAUAGGCAAAAGAUGCAGGCCCAAGCCCAGGCUCAAGCGCAGGCUCAGGCUCAAAAUCAAAGCCAAGCUCAACCGCAGGGUCUGUCACAAAGCUUCCAGGCAAACGUAUCUGCUCACGGAUCGCCGAUGCCAUCUCAGAUCUCAACCCCGAUGCCACAGCAAGGCACGCCGCACAUUCCAAGCGGUAAUGUAGGCGUGAACUUGAACACUGCAAACAGCUUCCCAUCUCAGUUCCAGCAAGACCAGGGGCCACAAUCACAACAGAGUCGACCCCUUGCUCAGUCUCUGCAGCAGCAACUGCAGCAGCAAGUGCAACCACAACAAGGAGCAAAUCAGUCUACGCAGCAACAACAGCAACAGCAACAGCAGCAGCAGCUCCAGCAGCAGAGGAUGCAGAGGCAGAACAUGAGUCAUCAGAUAAACAGCGAAAUCUUCCACUCGUUAGUGUUUGACUACCUCCAGCGUCGAGGGACGCCCAUCAAACUGCCUCCAAUGGUGAAUAGCAAAAGAAUGAAUCUCUUCAUGCUUUAUUUGUUAUGCACCAAGUUAGUAGGUGCCAACCAAUUGAAAAGAUUCAUAAACAUGAAUCCGGCACAAAUGCAACAGAACCCUUGGGCUUUAAUAGCCUCGCGAAUGGGAUUCUACGAAGGCGUAAACUUGCAAGAGCCUGGCACUAAGGAAAGAAUUGAUCAAGAAGUUUGCAACUGCUACGCAACAUUUAUUCUCCCUUACGAGGAAUACAGUGCCACUCCCGCAGGUCAAAGAGAUCUUGUGCAGAGGAGGCAAAUAUUCCAGCAGCAAAUUUUGCAAAAGAUGCAACAGGCGCAGCAAGCACAGCAAGCACAGCAAGCGCAACAGGCCCAACAGAGUCAAUCUUCUUUACAACAACAACAACAACAACAACAACAACAACAACAACAACAACAACAACAGCAGCAGCAGCAACAACAGACUCAUCCGUCACAACAACAAAACCUAAUGCAGUUGCCCCAACACCGGCAACAAGUCCCACCGAGUGCAUCCCAACAGUUUCAAUCCGGACAGCAGAAUCGUACUUUCUCGCCAGCAGCGGGUGUUCCUACUCCAGUUGGCGGCCAGACGAGUCAUCAAAGUCCGUUGAUAAGCAACGCUCCCACUCCUCAACAAAGAAAACUUUCAAAGACAGGCAAUUCUACUGCUCACAAUUCCCCAUCGCUCAACUCGCCCUUUGUGCAAAACAUGCAAGGUCAACAGCUCAGACCGCAGCUUCAGCAACAACCACCUCAACAACCACAACAAAUGCAACAGAUGCAACAACCACCUCAACCACCUCAACCACCACAGCAACAACAGAUGCAACAAAUGCAACAGAAAUCUCAGCAUGGGUCUCCUCAGCAACGGGCGCAAGCUCCUUCUCUGAUGUCUCAGCAGCAGUUUCAAAAACAGCAACAGCAGCAACAACAACAAGCGUAUUACCAACAGCAGCAGCAGCAGCUUUUCAAGCAACAACAGCAGGCGCAAUUUCAGCGACAACAACUAGAAGCUGAGCAACGGCAAAGGCAUACGCCCCAGCAGCAGCAGCAACACCAGCAGCAACAACACCAGCAACAGCAGCAGCAACAGCCACUUUUCAAUGAGUAUGGAAAAAUGUCCGUUGGCAGUCAGCAGCAGAUGAAACACGAAGUGUCCAAAGAAGAAGCUAAUAUUCUUCGAAACUACAUUCCGUACAAGAGAAUCAUUGACACUCAUGGAUUUCACACUAUCAAAGAGCUUUCUCACUUGGCCGGUGAAAUUGAAGCUACUAAACCAAUAUAUUUGUUUGCUCCCGAGUUGGGAAUGAUCAAUUUGCAAGCAUUGACAAUGUCGAUCAAGAGCUACCACGGUGUUCAAAGUGGAGAAGUUGUCAACGCAUUAAACACCUUGCUUGUGACCACUUCAGACACCAACUACACUUUCCAGAUUAGAGACUGCCUAGACUUGUUGGACGCGUUGAGUAAAUUGGGCCAGGAAGUGUUGCACAAGAUAAUCUAUGGCGUGUUCAAAACCAGCGACGUGGUGGAUGACGAUGUGACGAAAUUGAACUCGAAGAGCAAAAUCGAUGAGGUUUUCGCAAAGUACGUUCAGGGGCACGGCGAAGACAUUCUGUACAAAGUGUGUUCAUUGACAGGAGAGGUUGCCUCCGACGAAGAAGAUAUGGUUAAUGAUUUGUUUGACAUUGACGAGCCUGAGUCGCCCAUUUCUCCCUCAUCGGCAACGGAGGAGCCCACGGAGUUUCACAUUGAUGACUACUCGUAUGCUCUCCAGAUAUUCAAGGAAGAGAAUAAACACCAUUUCAGCAAGUUGCAAGUGAAAAGCGCGGACGACAACCAAGUGAUGUUGAUUGACGAGUUGAUUACAAUCACGAUGAUCUUGAGAAACAUUUCAUUUUCUGAAUUUAAUAAGGAGGUGAUGGCUGGAAAUUGGAUUUUCAAGGAUCUUUUAUUUUCCAUUAUCAAAAACAUUGGGUUGCACAGGGACAAGUUCAGAUUCAGUAGGAAAAGGUUAUGCUUGUUGAAAGAUUGCCUCUUGUUGUUGGAUAACAUUGCAUUCCACACCCACUUGCAGUCGUUGGAAGAAGCAUUUUUGUCCUUUGCGUUGAUUUCAAGUUUCGGGCCCGCGAUUGAGCACGUUUGGAACAUUCCCCGCUGCAGUUUAGACACACAUACGUAUUUCUCCUUUGCGAUCGACUCAUUCACCAAGUUGUUGGUGCGGGAACCAUACAACCGGUCGCUCUUCCAAGCCAUGCUCAAUGGAACCUUAAACUUGGGGUUGACUACGAGCUACACUAAUAACUUUGUUGUCAGCCAGCAGGACCAAGAAAACACGAGAAAGUUGAUUGGCUUGUACUUGAAGAAAAACAACGGGCAGUACAAGACAGGAAUAUUGCUUACUAGAGCAUUCCAGUUGUACAUGAGCAUCAUACCCUACGACGCCAACAGUUUUGAGUUUUCCAAAUUCGUCUUUGUUCGCGCACCAACUGUGUCUCAAAUGUUGUUUGGAGUGAAAUUGAUUAUAGACAUGGCGCCAGUUGAAGAUUUGCACACGCCCUUGAACAAGUUGACCUUGUACUGGAUUUUGGAAAACAGAGAGUUGAUCCUCGGCAACUUUGCCAGAAUCGUGGUGGCUCUCUCUGCCGAGACGGGGAAAUUCCCACGAGGCUCAGCCGAGCACUCCAUCUUGUCGUCGAGCUUGACGAAAGCUCUCUUGGUGGUCAACUCCCUUGUAGACAAUGCCGUUAUUGCCAAGAAUAUCGAAGACGCUACCCACCACCACUCGGAGUUGAUGGAGAAGUUGACGGAUUGUUACGCAUUGCCGAGAAUCAUCCCCGACGUCAACUUGACCUUGGACACGUUCCUCGCUCCGGCCAUCGACAACGCCUUGGGCGACGAGAUUGUGCGGUUGUUGAGGUACUUGAAGGAUUUGAAAGCCUGCGAAAGCAUAUAG